GCCCCGCCUCUUCCCUUUUGAGUUCACAGGUCUGGAGAGGGGGAGAUUGUGGAGCGUUUCUCUCGGGAUCUCAUGUGCGAGAACUGCGCAGCCGGGACGGGGACUUCGCGUGGCCUGGAGCUUUGCUGAGAGCUGCGUUCUUGUGGCGGGGUCGGAAGUGCUGAAUCUUCACCGUCCUCUACAUUGUCCUAAAAGCUACCAAAAAUGAACAUAUCUAAGACAUCAGUGUCAUUCAGGGACGUGACCGUGGAGUUUACCCUGGAGGAGUGGCAGUGUAUGAGCUCUGCUCAGAAGACCCUGUACAGAGAUGUGAUGCUGGAGAACUACAGCCUCCUUGUCUCAUCAGGGUAUUGUUUAACAAAACCAGAUGUAAUCGUCAAGUUGGAGCAAGACGAUCCAUUGUUGUUAGAGGAAGAGAUUCUAAGCAAGAGCCAUGCAGACUGCAAACUUGAUAACCUCUUAGAGAAAAACCUGGCAAAUCAAGGAAAAUAUUUGCAGCAAGACUUUUUUACUCAACUUCAGAAUACAGACACAGGUGAGAAAACUUUCAGCCAGAAGUCACACUGCAGAGAACAUCAGAGCACUCACUCAGAAAUAAAGCCCUUUGAAAUUGGAAGUAACUUAAGCCCUAAUGCAGCCCUUACCAUAUCCCAGAAACUUGACACAAAGAGGAGCUUCUGUGAUGAUACCAUAUUUUGGCAAACCUUAUACCCUCAGACUACCUUUACUGUACAUCAGAGAACUCAAAUGAGUGUGAAACCCUAUGAAGAAUGUGGAAAAUCCUUCUCUAGGAAAUCAUACCUCAUUGGACAUCAGAGAACUCAUAGUGGGGAGAGACCUUAUGCAUGCAGUGAAUGUGAGAAAACUUUUACCCACAUGUCAUACCUCAGAGAACAUCAGAGAAGUUGCAUAGGGGAGAAACCCUAUGAAUGUAUUGAAUGUGGGAAAGCUUAUGGCCAUAAAUCAACCCUAAAAAGACAUCAGAGAACUCACACAGGGGAGAAACCCUAUGAGUGUAGUAAAUGUGGAAAAGCCUUCUAUAGAAAUUCUCACCUCACUGAGCAUCAGAAAAGUCACACAGGGGAGAAACACCAUGAAUGUACUGAAUGUGGGAAAGCUUUUACCCACAUAUCAUACCUCAGAAAACAUCAGAGACGUCACACAGGGGCGAAACGCUAUGAAUGUGGUGAGUGUGGAAAAUCUGUCUGUAGGAAGUCAUACCUCAUUGUGCAUCAGAGAAUUCACACAGGAGAGAAAGCCUAUGACUGUAAUAAAUGUGGGAAAACUUUUAGACAUAAGUCAUCCCUAAAAAUACAUCAGCGUACUCACACGGGAGAGAAACCCUACGAGUGUAAUAAAUGUGGAAAAUCCUUCAAUAGAAAAAGUUACCUCAGUGAUCAUCAGAGAAGUCACACAGGGGAGAAACCCUAUGAUUGUAAUAAAUGUGGAAAAUCCUUCCAUAGAAAGAGUUACCUCACUGAGCAUCACAGAAUUCACACUGGGGAGAAACCCUAUGAGUGUAACAGAUGUAGAAAAUCCUUCUAUAGAAAGUCUUACCUCGUUCUGCAUCAGAGAAGUCACACAGGGGAGAAACCCUAUGAAUGUAACAAAUGUGGAAAAUCCUUCUAUACAAAGUCUUACCUCACUGAGCAUCAGAGAAGUCACACAGGGGAGAAACCCUAUGAGUGUAACAAAUGUGGGAAGUCCUUCUAUAGAAAGACUAACCUCACUGAGCAUCAGAGAAGUCACACAGGGGAGAAACCCUAUGAGUGUAACAAAUGUGGAAAGUCCUUCUAUAGAAAGUCUAACCUCAUUGAGCAUCAGAGAAAUCAUACAGGGGAGAAACCCUAUGUAUGUAUUCAAUGUGGGAAGGCUUUUAACUGGAAGUCAUUACUAAGUAGACAUCAGAGAAUUCACACUGGGAGAAACCCUAUGGAUGUAAUGAAUGUCGGAAAGUUUUCACCUAUAAAGUCAACCUCAGGUUACAUCAGAGGGUCCACACAUGAGAGAAACCCUAUGAAUGUAAUACGUGUGAAAUAUCUCUCUCUAGGAAGUUUCACUUCACUUGGCAUCAGAGAAUUCACACAGGACAGAAACCUUAGUGUAACAAGGGUGGAAAAUCCUUCAAGAGAAAUUCUCAUCUACCUCUGCAUCAUAGAAUUCACAUGGGAGAAACCCUGUGAAUGGGUUGAAUGUGAAAAAGCUUUUAGCCAAAUGCCAGUCCUAAACACUUCAGAGAACUCACACUGGGGAGAAAUCCUAUUAUUAAUGAAUGUGGGAACGUUUUCAUCUACAAACAACCUCAGAGUACGUCAGUCCCCAUGUGGGGGAAACCCUAUGAAUGUAAUGGAUGUGGGGAAACUUUGACUGGAAGUGCAGCAUCAAAGUACUCAGGGGAAGAUCAAUGAAUAUAAUAAACCUGGAAAUUUUCCCUUUGAGAAAUCAACCAUCAAUCAACAAAACUCACAGAGAAAUCCCUCAUGUGUAUGGAUACUGUUUCAACCAGAUUUCAGCCCUCAUUGGACAUUAGAGGACUCACACAAGUGGUAAAUCCUUGAAAUUAAUCACUUAUGAACAGUCUUUCCACCAGACUACUCAAUGGGUGUUAGAAAUUUACACAGAAAAAAAUUCUUGUUAAGGUAAUGGAUGAGGAAAACUUCUCCCGCCAAAGACUACCUUCAAUUUAAUUGUACUGGAAUCCAACAUGAGGGUUGUGGGAAUUAUGCACUUUUUAUGCAAAAACCAUCAUCAUGUAAAUAUGCUAGAGGAUACAUUUGGUUAAUUAAAAUACGUAUGUUCUGGGCUUCCCUGGUGGUGCAGUGGUUGACAGUCCGCCUGCCGAUGCAGGGGACACGGGUUCAUGCCCCGGUGCAGGAAGAUCCCACGUGCCGUGGAGCAGCUGCGCCCGUGAGCCAUGGCCGCCGAGCCUGCGCAUCCGGAGCCUGUGCGCCGCAACGGGAGAGG